UGGGAGACCGUUGGGCCCGGAGGGAACCUACCAUGUUGGGGAUCAAAGGUGGUGGCCUAUUGGGUUGGAGCCAAGGGUCUUGCGCACCCGCAGAGUUCGCCAGUCAUAAGGACAGAGUUAGCACUAUCUCCGUUGGAGGCCUCCCAAUUUCCCAAUCAACGGUUUCUCCCUAGGGUGUCAUCUUUCUAAGUGAAUUCCAACCAUAAUUCCUAUUACGAGUUUUUAUCCACUUCCAUUGGUUCUUUCAUCAAUAGGGUCGGUGAUGUAACCUCCAGGAGGGCAGGGUUAAUUUUAUGUUUGGUUCGUGAAUGUGUCUCUAAUACUUUGAACGGUACCAGGUGCGGAAUAACUACUGUUGAGCGAACAUGAUGGGCCGUACAGGAAAAGACACAGUUCUGCGGGUCCAGUUCUCCAGGGGAUAUGUGAAGGCAGAAAUGGUUACAAUAUGGUGAGAAGUGUCGGGAUAGAUACAAAUCCAUUGACUACGGUGGAACACAUGAAUACAUUAGGAACACCAGAAAGUGCGGAAGACUCCAGGAAAGGCUUUGCCGAGGAAGUGACCUUUGAACUGAGUGGUAAAGAAUAGGUAGGAGUUAGACCGAAAACUAGGAGCCAAGGGCCAAGGAGCUGGCCGAAGGCAUGAGAUGUGGGGCAAUGAGGACAGUGUGUUCAGAGAUUGAGAAGGCGGCCCAUGUGGCUUUUGGGGGUGGGAGAGGGCGAAGAAUGCACUGAGGUCAUCAAGUUCAGAUCAUGUUGGCUCUUGCUAAGGAGUUUAAAUUUUAUUUUAUUCUGAGAGCAUGGAAAGCCAUCGAAGAAUAUUAAACAGAGGAGAGACGUUAUCUGGAUGAUCUUGGAUCAUGGAGGAUACUCAGGCUAUUAACUGGGAGGUUGAAGAAGAGGAGGAGACAGAGAGACCCAGUGACUCAUUGGGGAGUAGCCUGGAGCCCUUAGGGCGACUGCGUAUCUUCAGUAGUGUCCACGGACCAGAAAAAGAUUUCCCACUAUACCUCGGGAAGAAUGUGGUAGGCCGAAUGCCUGAUUGCACUGUGGCCCUGCCCUUUUCAACCAUCUCUAAACAACAUGCAGUGAUUGAAAUCUUGGCCGGGAACAAGGCACCCAUUCUCCGGGAUUGUGGGAGCCUCAAUGGUACGCAAAUCCUGAGGCCUCCUAAGUUUCUGAGCCCUGGGGUGAGUCAUCGUCUGAGGGACCAGGAGUUGGUUGUCUUUGCUGACUUGCCCUGCCAGUACCAUCGCCUGGAUGUCUCCCUGCCCUAUGUGUCCUGGGGCCCCCUAACUGUACAGGAGACACCCAGGGUACAAGGAGGAACUCAGCCUUGGGGGAAUCUGUUGGCUGAGGACUCAGAAGAGGAAGUAGAUCCUCUUUCUGAAAGGUACAUGGUGAAAGAACCAAGGACCACAUUCCCCCUUUUGGCAACAGUUGUUCCAGAGAGUGAUGAAGAGGGGCCUUCUUCUGCCCCACAUGGCCCUGAGCCACCUUGUGCCUUCAACCUUGACAGUGACACAGAUGAGGAAGAAAGUCCACAACCAGUAGCAGGGGAGGCCUGCUCAGCUGCUACAAGAGAUGCCGCUGCAGAGACAGAGCAGCCUAAAGCUGUCGCAACUGAAAUCCAGUGUGAAAUGAAUCAGUAUUCAGGGAAGGAAAGGAACAAUGACACAAGAGCCAAGAGGGAUACAAGCAAUGGGGUGGUUCCAGUUGGGAUGAUUCUUGAGAGAAGCCAACCUGCUAGAGAGGACAGUGAAACAGAUGUGGAAGAUGAGAGCAGGCCUCCAGGAAGGCCAGCUGAGGUUCAUCUAGAAAGGGCCCAGCCUUGUGGCUUCAUAGACAGUGAUACUGACGUGGAAGAAGAAGAGAUUCCUGCGACCCCAGCUGUGGUUCCUGUGAAGAAGAGGCAAAUCUUCCAUGGUGUUAGUACAGAGAGCCUUGGGGGACCUGACCUGGCACAUCUUCAAGAGAGCCUGGCUGGUAGUGACACAGAUGUGGAGACUGAGGCCCCACUCACAGUCCCUUUGGGGCGCAGCCAAGCCUCCAUGGUGAUUAACAGCAAUACAGAUGAUGAGGAAGAAGUGUCAGCAGCACUCACUUUGGCACGUCUGAAAGAAAGCCAUGCUGCUAUGUGGAACAGAGAUAUAGAUACAGAAGAGGACCAGGCCCAACCUCUGGCUUUGCUUGAGCAAAGCCAAACCUCUUCUGGGAGAGACGGUGACACAGAAGUGGAGAAGGAGAAGUUCCCAGUAGAAAAGAGAGAAUAUGUUCCCAAGGGUCACACAGACAAAGUGCAUUCAGAAAAGAGCCAACCUCCUUUCAGGGCCAGUGUUAAAGAAGUGGAAGAAGAUAAGAGCUCACCUGGAGUCCGCCUGGAAAUAAGCCAAGCCUCUGCCCAAGUGGGCAUCAGCACACGAGUGGAAGAGGAAAUCCCCCCAGGAUCAGCUGUUAUACUUCCAGAGAAGCAUCAGGUGCCUGUUGCAUGGACAAAUCAAACAAAUGUGGAAGCAGAAAGGGGUCCAGCAAAGCUACCUGUGAUGCAUCUAGAGGAAGCCCGGCCUCCUCCAGGUGGGGACAGUGAAGCAGAUGCUGAUGUAAGAAAGAGUCAGUUUCCAACAGAAGGGGUUGCUGGGACAGAGUGGGUUGUAUCUGUUCUUCAGCAGGAGGGAGCUCUUGAGGCAGGGGCCCAGGGUGAGCCACCUUUAGCACAAGUAGAGCAGGGCCAUCUUGUCUCAAGGGAGAAAGUAACAGAUCUCUUGGUAGACACAGGUACUCCAGGAGAACCCACCCAGCCACAGAGAAAGAGAGCCCAGCCCCCCAGAGAAAGAGGGAGAGAACCACAUGUGGACACGACCAAGGACUCUGAAGACAACCAUGAUGAUUCUGAAAAUCUGGACCUGCAAGCUACCCAGUGCUUUGUGGAGAGAGAGAAUCAGAGCAUGGAAGGUGCCCUGGAUGAACCAUGGGAGGUCUUGGCUACACAGCCAUUCUAUCUAAGAGAGUCUGAGGCCUCAGAUACCCAGCCUAUUGCUGCCCACCUUGAGGCCCAUGGCUCUUGCCCCUUUUCACCUAGGGCAACACCUCAAGACCAACAUCCAGAAAGCCCAUUUCACGCAGAGCCAUUGGAGAUUCAAGGCAGAGGGUUGCAGACUGCAGAGAAAGGCAUGAGUAUACCAAGAGAAUCAGCAGAGAGGGUGACUCUGGAGGGAGGGUCAUUAGGGAGGGAAACCAAAAAACUGCCACUGGAAGGAUUGAGAGAAAAUGUGAUGGGAGAGGAAGAAUUAGCCAGGGUGAUGAAGGACAGAGAACAAAAACAGGUGUUAGCUAGAGACACUCAGAGACAAGAGUCCAAUACAAUGGUGAAAAGGGAUAUGGAGAGGUUGAAGGUAGAAAUUGAAACACCCAAGGAAUUACAAGAGAUGGUAAAGCAGGCUCUUGCAAAAGAAGCAUUUGAGAGAGAAGCAGAGAAACCAGCACCAGAGAAAAAGUGUGAGCCAGGUGGAUUAGAAGUCAGCAUACCCAAAGUAAUACUGGAAGGAGGUACACAGAGACUGGAGACAAACAGAGGGAGCAUGAACCAGAAAGGGCAGGCCACCAGCCCAACACUGGAGCCUGCAGAAGGGGCAGGGGACCUUAUGGGACUCUCUUCAGCCCUGAUAGCUUCUGGGAGCCAGUCAGGUGGGAGAAGGGGAGCCCCAUUAAGCCACGAGAGGUGGCAGAGAGGCCACUUGAGUUGCAAGAUGACACCUGCAGAGAGGCUCUCUAGGGGUGAUCCAGAAUCCCUAGAUGCUUGUGUGCCUCCGACAGUAUCUGAAGCCUCAGCCCCAGGCCAAAACCCCCUCAUCUGUCAGAACCAAAAACAUCCUGCUCCUCAGCCCCUCUUUGCUCCCUCUCUACCUUUUUUAGAACCACCCAUUCCCAGAAGCAGGCAAAAUGGGAGCCGGGAAAUUUUAGAGAAUCCCUUGUCUUCAGAGUUGGACACUCUUCAUGACAAACCCGAAGUCAGGCCUCGGGGGUGCUCUAGGAUGGCAUCCUCUCCAGUUUCUUCUAUAUCCUCAGAAUCCCACCCUCCUGCCUCCAAAGACCAGCCUGCCACCCCUGAGCCCACAUCUCGGGCCACUCGGAGCAGGACACAGAGGUCCUCUGUCAAGACCCCUGAACCAUUUGUCCCCACAGCCUCUGAGCUCCAGCCUUCCACCUCCAAAGACCAGCCUGUCACCCCUGAGCCCACAUCUCGGGCCACUCGGAGCAGGACACAGAGGUCCUCUGUCAAGACCCCUGAACCAUUUGUCCCCACAACCUCUGAGCUCCAGCCUUCCACCUCCAAAGACCAGCCUGUCACCCCUGGGCCCACAUCUCGGGCCACUCGGAGCAGGACACAGAGGUCCUCUGUCAAGACCCCUGAGCCAGUUGUCCCCACAGCCUCUGAGUGCCAGCCUUCCACCUCCAAAGACCAGCCUGCCACCCCUGAGCCCACAUCUCGGGCCACUCGGAGCAGGACACAGAGGUCCUCUGUCAAGACCCCUGAACCAUUUGUCCCCACAGCCUCUGAGCUCCAGCCUUCCACCUCCAAAGACCAGCCUGUCACCCCUGAGCCCACAUCUCGGGCCACUCGGAGCAGGACACAGAGGUCCUCUGUCAAGACCCCUGAACCAUUUGUCCCCACAACCUCUGAGCUCCAGCCUUCCACCUCCAAAGACCAACCUAUCACCUCCAAGGUCAUAGCUCAGAGUGGUCGGAGCAGGACACUGAGGACAGGAAGUGCUGUGCCAGUUCCUGCCACCACUGAAUUCCAGUCUCCUGACCCCACAGACCAGCCUAUUUCCCCUGAGUCCAUCCCUCAAGCCAAUUGCAGCAGGAGGCCAAAAGCCUCUAGGAAGAAUGGGUCCCUCACAACUCCCAUCGUCUCUGAACCCUGUUCUGCACCCCUUGAACCUAACUUCCCAUUCUCAAGGAACCAAAGAAGGGGAGCAGUAAGAGUAGCCAAGUCCCUUGCGGCCAUCCCUAAGCCUGCCUUUGCCCAGCUUCCUGAGGCACCCACUCAUGUUUCCGAGAUCCAAAAGGCAGAGGCAGGAGGUAGAUAUGAGGUCACUUCAAAGACCCAUCCUAAGGCCUUUCAAAACCGCAAGAGGCCUUUCAGUGCUGUGGAUUCACCCCCGCUUCGAAAACGGCUCCAAAGAGGGGAAGUCCACCAGAAGACAGUAUUCCUCAAGGAAGAGGAAGAUUCUGCAGAAAAGGAAGAGGAUGUAGUCAUUCCAGGACCAGGCAAGAGAAAGAGAGACCAAGCUGAGGAGCCCAAAGGAGUGCCAGGCCAUCGCCUCCGUCGGACCAAACCUAAACAUGAGUCCACAGCCCCCAAAGUGCUCUUCACAGGAGUGGUAGAUGCCCGAGGAGAGCAGGCAGUGUUGGCCCUGGGGGGGAGUCUGGCCAGCUCAGUAACAGAAGCUUCCCACCUGGUAACUGAUCGAAUCUGCCGGACAGUCAAGUUCCUGUGUGCCCUGGGGCGGGGGAUCCCUAUCCUCUCCCUGGAUUGGCUGCACCAGUCCCACAAGGCUGGUUGUUUCUUGCCCCCGGAUGAAUAUGUGGUGACUGAUUCUGAGCAGGAAAAGAACUUUGGCUUCAGCCUCCGUGACUCUCUGAGCCGGGCUCGUGAGCGAAGGCUGCUAGAGGGCUAUGAGAUUCAUGUGACCCCUGGAGUCCAGCCACCUCCACCUCAGAUGGCAGAGAUCAUCAGUUGCUGUGGAGGCACUGUCCUACCCAGUAUGCCCCGGUCCUACAAGCCCCAGAGAGUUGUGAUCACAUGCUCCCAGGAUGUUCCUCGAUGCAACAUUCCAAUUCGGGUUGGGCUGCCCAUCCUCUCACCUGAGUUCCUGCUGACAGGAGUGCUGAAGCAGGAAGCCAAGCCAGAGGCUUUUGUUCUCUCCACUUUGGAAAUGUCAUGCACCUGAAAACCCACCCCAGUACCCUUUUCCCUCCCAGAACAAUAAAUACUUAGAAAAUAUUUGGAGAGAGAAUUUAGGGCUUUAAAAGGAUUGGGGUAUACCAGUCUGAUUUGUCGUGAAACAUGGGUGGGGCUGAACAGGCUUAUGGGGAAAACAAAGAUAGGGAGAUUGGGAGGAGAUUUUCUUAAAUGGUCAUUUAUUUGGCUAAUCUCAUGCUAGAUAUUUUAGUGGCUGUCAUCUUUAGGUGGACUGAUGUGCUUAUUGCUUGGUGUCCUGCCUCCCUUUUGGAAGUAUCUCUCUUUUUCUUUUUCUACUGGGGUUCUUGUUUAUCCUCCAAAACAUAGUGGAAACAAUUUUAAUAUCAGGAACUUGAAAGGAUGCUUGGAGUGAGUAAAUUUGAAGAUGUAGUUAUAAAAUGUUACUAAAAUAUUUUCUUCUCUUCUGGCCCCAUCUUGUUAGAAGCAUCCUUUAGCUUUGACUUAGAGCAAGUCUCUGCACUUUUCUGGCCUGGUUUUCCAGCAUCUAUAAAAUUAGAGCUUCAGCUUAACCUCUAUGAUAAAUAAAUAUUCACUCUGUGCCUUA